AUGGCGGUAGCACCUAACUUCAGGGCUUACCAAACGAUGGAAAAGUACUUUCCAGGCUGCAUGUCGGUGCCCUUUUCGAUGAAGAAACCCUCCGAAGCCACCAGCACCGUCCAUGAUAAAUACGCAGAGUUCAUACUCAGUAGCAACUGGAUCUUCCGCCCAGAAGGCCUCAAGGAAUUCUAUUCUGAACUCCGCAAGCAGGCCAUGCGUCCUACCAUCGAAUACGAUUUGGAAAUCGGCUGCUUCCGAAUUCGUUGUCCCGCUGGCGAAGAAGGCACCUUUGUCCAGCAUGCCAACCACAUCAUGAAUGCAAUUGUGCAGAAUGAGAUCCAAAAGAUCCCUAUGGAGCAACCUAUUGGCCAGUUCGGACCCAACACAAGCAAUAAGAUCCGGCAUAUUGACGAGUGGCGCCUUGCCGAAACUGAUGAGUCUGAAAUCACGGCUUACGAGGUCUAUUCAUACCCUCCUGAAGUUGCCGACUUACCUUUCAAGAUCACCUGGCGUAUUCCCAAGGGUGAGCCGAGUGAAGCAGAGCUAACUAUUCCAGCUCUGUUCGGCAACAACGACCCCGUUGCUUCGCUGAAUAAAUUUGCCAACUGUGAAAUCUUCCUCGGAACCGAUGACCGCUCUUUGCACAUUGGUGCAAAAUCGAGGGAUAGUCUCGACUUGGCCUUGAAGAAAGUCGACACGCUCGUCAAGUACUACCAUACUCCAGCACACCUGGAUAGCCAUUUUUCACAUGUGCUUUACAGCGAGAACGUGCCCAACUUCCUGACGGAGAUACGUUACAUUGCACAAGCCGACACACAAUUGCUGAAAUCCAUUCUUCUGGAACGUAUCAGUUUCAGUCUGAAAUCCAAGUCAUCGGAUUACGCAAAAGUCUUCAGCGGCGGAAGUUUUGUCCGGAUGCUCCCCUUAAGCCCAAACCUCAAUGGUAACAGACCAAUGUUUCCUCUACAUCCCGUUAAUCCGGUCAUCUCGGAGGAACAAGCCGCUGAGCGUUUCGUGGCUUUUGAGUCAUACUGCUACAAGCCCAAAACCAGAGAUGGGGAUAAGGAAACAGACAGCGUCAUGCAUCCGCCUCAAAGUUAUCUUCCCAGUCAACUUGCAGAGUAUAAUUCUCAGACCAUGACUGGGGUUGGCAUUCUCAAAUGGGCAAAAUCUCUGGCCGAACACCCUGUUGAAGACAUUUCAGCGGAUGGACCAACAGAGGGGCUAGCGAGAAAAAUUAUUUCCUUGCCGGUCACAGAGGCUACUGCUCAACGUCCUGGCAAUGAUGUUUAUCUGCCUGCGACAGGACAUGGGCAAGUCGGAACUCCGCGUAAGAAGUCAACAGCUCUCCAGGACUGUGAGGACAGAGAUUUGGUCCCUCCAUCCGGCAGCUCAACAACGCCUACUCCUCGGAUGACCAAUGCAAGCAGCCAAGCAACUAUCCCCGGGACUUUGAUGCUUUCUCCAAAAAAACCACGAGGUGUACGACGCCAUGUGAGUCCCACUCCUUUCUGUCCGCACGCUACACCGUCACCUUCGGCUGAAUCGUCGCCGGCCACCAACUCGAACGUAACUACCGCGACCGGCCGAGAAAGACUGGCAGACCUUAGGAAGCGUUUGGGGCAAUCAAAGCCCAAAGGCUCUCACAUGAAGGACUCGAAGGAAAAACCUACGAAUGACUACGACGCUGAGACCACCAGCAUCAGCAACCAGAUUCCAAAUGACCCUUUCGUCCUCACAAAGGUGUUUCAACGUAAUGAACCAGUAUUACUUGACUUUGGUGACACUACAGCAUCGUCUCAACCUGAAAUGGGGCAGGGAGAAGCGAACUUUCUUGAUUUUUCUCCAGUAAAUCCGCAGAACGAUCAGCCUCUGUCAUGGUCUAUGGAACCGCUUCUCCCGACCCCGAAGCCUACAUUAGAAAAGAGAAAGCCUCCAAGCUUCCACUCUACCGUGCAGCAGAAGGCGGGCUCGAGAUCUGUGCCUCUGGAGGCAAACCAAAAAAAGUCAGAUACUUUAAACAGCACCCAAAGCAAUGAUGGUUUUCUUCCGCAUCAGAGAAAAUCCUUCACUCCGAGCGGACACCGAAGGGAGAAGCAAGAGACGUCAUCUCGUCCCAAGAAGACCGAUCUAACCGGCCCAGAUCCCAGUCCUGAUGUGAUUCAAACCAUAUCCCAAAAACUCACGCAAAUUAUGCAGCCUCUUCGUAUUUUCAAAGGAAAUGUGUUUCUAAAGGCAGAAAUUGGCCGAUUCAUACUCACAAAAGUCAACUACAAACACAUCAGCAUCCCCACUGUGGCCGAGGAGGAUCGACUGAGAACCAUGACGGAAGAGCAGAUGACCCGCGGGUUUCUCGACCUGCGCCACUGUCAGAGAAAGGACCUUUUCUUCACGAGGGUUGUUUCCGCAAGCGGUGGCGAUGCAAACUAUAUCGCGUCGCUCAUGGAACCCGGUUCUGGUUCUUCACAGAUUAAAAUGUGGACUCCCAGUGGCAAACGGGUUAUCUACGAAUUUAGAUGUUCAACCACUGGCCCAGUCGGGAAGAAGCACAGAUUUAUCUUGAACGUGGAUGCUGAGAACUUCUCAUAUAGUGCUCAAAAGGACAGGACUAUCGUGGGCAAGGUGUUCAUGCACUGCAUGAAAAGAACAUAUGACAUCCAGUUUACCGUCGAUGCGGUUCAAAACAUAGCGGAGAAUUAUGGGGGCUUCGCUCAGGAGCUUAUCGGCAGUUUGGAAGUCAGACCACAGAGCGACGGACGUCCUCGUCUUUCAUUCAUAAACUUCUUGGCUUGGGGCGCUGAGAUUGUGGCCGUUCGUGUCAGGCACAUUGCAGAGUUUGUUAACAGUGCCCAAACCUGCAAACUUGAGAUCACCCAAGUUCAUGAGAUGAGCCUGAAAGAUCUUGGCGUCCAAACCUGCGGUCCAGGACCCUCUGACAAUGCUUCGUAUCUCGAAGCUAUUCCUUCGUCUGAUAAACCGGAACUCGGCUACUUUGCAACGUGGUACGACGCUUGUGUCAAGUCACAAAAGGUCGACGAGGCUGUCACCCAGAACGAGGAUCUCGGUUUCGGUGACGAAGCGACUUGGAGUCCAGAUGACCUGAAGUCUGCGGGGGCAUUCGAGGACCUCAUCGACGCUGCCACUCAUAUGGUGAAGAAUAUGGAUGGAGUUGCGUACUGGUGUGACAACAACCAGGAGGCCAUGAACUAUCGCAAACCUCCGGGUUCCGAACAAGAGAUACGCCAGCUGAUAAAGUCUACUCAACGCGAAGUGUACUGGUAA